GGCGGCGCUGACCCGGCGGACGGCGGCCAUGGGCAGCGGCGGCCCCGGGCCGCACCGACGGCACCGGCAGGAGCGCUGAUGUCUGCCCCGAGCAGAGCCCGGGCCGGCCCCAGCCCGGCGGAUGCGCAGGUGCUGCUGUGAAGCCCCAGUAAGAGAAUGAGUGAGAGAGACAUACAAAGCCUGAGCAGAUGGGUUUUUGUGCUCACUCUCUGCCUUACCACGCUGUGGGGAAGACUGACCCUGGCCUCCACCCACCACAGAAGCCAUUCAGUGCACGUCGAGCCCGGCACGUGCGAAGUGAUCGCAGCUCACCGGUGCUGCAACAAGAACAAGAUCGAGGAGCGCUCCCAGACAGUGAAAUGUUCCUGCUUCCCGGGACAAGUGGCAGGGACCACGAGGGCAGCUCCCUCCUGCGUGGAUGCCUCCAUCGUGCUGCAGAAGUGGUGGUGCCAGAUGGAGCCUUGCCUCGACGGCGAGGAGUGCAAGGUGCUGCCCGACCUCUCGGGAUGGAGCUGCAGUAGCGGCAACAAAGUGAAGACAACGAAGGUCACUCGGUAGCCACCCACAACCCUGAUGGGCCCCACUGCUGGGCAGAACCAGGGGCAGCAGGACGGGUCUGGCCAGUCCUUUGGAGGUGGGAUGCUCCGGGGCUGCCAUGCUGGAGGCACCAGGCUGGGGACUGGAUAAGAGGAGCCCUGAAUUCCCUGGGGGCUGCAAGUUUGGGACCCCAGCACAGCUGCAAGACUCCUGCGACUCCAUGGUCCCCUCCUGUCCCGGGGACACACUGACCAAGAACUGGGCUCAUCUUCCCAUCCUCUGAAAUAAAAUAAUGCAAACCUGUUGACAAUGUAGAGACCUCCUGUCCCCCAGGGGCUGCUCCCACCCCCAGGGCAUCCUGCUUUCCCUGCCUAGUUACCUGGCUGCUGCAACCACCCAUGGUGGGUGCCAGGGGAGCCUGACACCCUUUCAGCCCCCGGAGAUGGCGAAGUGUCCCCAUGGAGCAUGCUGCUGGUUUCUCCUUCCUCAGUAAUUGUAUUAAUCAGGUUGUGAGUAUAAUAUCUGUUCUCUGGUAUGCAAAUCCCAGGCACCAAGUUACUGCUUGUGUUUGCACUUGGGAUUCAGAAUAAUGUGGAGGGGGAAAGCCCUUGGGUCUGGUGAGCCUGACACCCUGCAGAUGCCCAGCCAGAGGCCCAGACUGAGCCAGGCUUCAUGGCAUUAAUUAAAAAUAAAGAAAAAGGAACCAUCUCCUGGCCCUGAGCUUGUGACUUUCUCCAGGACACACUGUUUCCCCUGGUGUGGCAGCUUGAGGGGGAGAGGACAGGAUCCCCUUGGUCCUGGUGCCAGCGGGGAUGGGGAACCCGGGACUGGUGGCACAUGGCCAGAGCAGGAACAUCACUGUGAGGACCAGGGCCAACACCACCCCAGCCCUGCUCUGUCACCUGCAGGGGACAUCCCAGCUCAGGAGGGGCUGGAGCUGUCUGCCUGCCACCCCUGACUCCUUAUUGGGACGUUUUUGUACCAGGGUACAUGGUACCUGCUCCAGAUGUGAUGUAAAUAUCA